AUGCCCGAGGAUGAUCUGCAACUGAAUCCUGUUCUGUAUGCAAGCGGCAUCGGAUCCGAUCCUUCAAGUCCUAUAACUUUUGACGAUCCUAACGGGAUCUAUUCGCAUGGACAGCAAGUAGUAGCACUCCGUUACCAUGCAGUCGAUGAGUCACAGCAUCUGAUUCAAACAAAAACCUUUGCGAAGGGAACAUGUGGAGGAGAUAGUGGAGGUCCACUGUUUCAAGUAGACGAAAGGGGACGUCACAUUCUAGUAGGGAUUACUAGUCACGGUAUGGGCGAUUGCAAUCAGCACAACAGAAAUAUGAUAGACCUUUUUACUGACGUUCGUGCGAAUUUGGAUUGGAUCUGCAAAUACUCAGGAGUGUGUCCAGUAGAAGAGGACUGA